AUGGCUGAUUUUGUGACUGUGGGAUCCUUUCAGAAGCUGCCUAGGUUGGCUAUCAGAGCCUUCAGCACAACAACCAAACAGAUGAAGAACAAGGUGCCAGAUCAUCAGAAGCUAUUCCAGGUGAGCAUGACAUCAUUAGGACGCCUGGGAGAUAAACAAUCCCAAACUAAGAAAACAAGUGAAUUUAGAUAUUUAUUGGCAAACAAUGGGCCAACAAUGUCAACAAGAUGUGAUUUUGGCAGCAAACAAAGACAUUCAUCAAUGUCUGCAGAACAUGUUCAAUGAAGUACUGUAGAGCAACAUUGACCUGAUUGUGAUCUACCGGAUGUGUCAUGUUGCAAGAUUGGUGAAUUGCCUGAGGUCCUCCAAGACUUGUCACAGUAUUGAACAUAGAAAAGGAGCAUUAAGGGUUUUAAAGGGGCCUGAGGGGAUAGUUGUUCCGUUCUGGUCCGGAAUGCAAUUCAGUCUGAUUUUAUCAUCACAUAUCACAAAGUAAUUUUUGGCUUAAAAUAAAUGCCUCCAGUGAUUUGACCCCUAACUUUGGUUACAGGCGGACAACGACUUGCCAGUCCACAUCAAGGGCGGGACCACUGAUGUCCUUCUCUACCGUCUAACAAUGACCAUCACCCUCGCAGGUCCCUGUUACAUUCUUCCAUCAACGCACUGUGUACAUUUGGAGUAUUGUGCUGAGGGUUUUCUAUGCUGCAUCAUAUAUGUUCUAAUCAUUGUGUCUUUCUGUUCUUUUAAGGCACUGGAUACUCCUUAUUCUGGAUUCUAUGUGCUUGUCAGCCUAAGGGCAAAUGA